UAUUGUAAAUUGCUGGGGAAGUUGUUUCCCUUUGAUUCUGCACGGUUACACUCUCCUCUCUGUGACUAAACAGGAGGGAAAUCGGGGACAGCAUUUUUUUUCUGAGGUAAAUUUUUAUUCCCCUCAGUUGGUGCCAUUUCUCUACAUCCGGGGUUCGUGCAGGCGGGACAUAAUCUGCGUUCCUAACUCAGGAAGGACAACAAGGCUGGAAAGAGAAAGCAAGAAGCCAGUUGGUCGCCCGCUGCUUUGAAGGAGGAGCAGAGGAACCAAUCAAAAGCAAGCCUGAGGCAAGUUUCAAUAUGGCUUCCGAGAGAGAUGAGGUGAUCCAGCUGCCUCCCGAUGGGACCUGUGACGCCUGCGAGCCCGACGAGGCCAAAGAAGCGGCCCAAAUCUGCGACGACUGCCAUUUUUCUUACUGCGGCCCCCAUGCUGAGGAGCACCGAAGUCGGUACAGGGCGCACUGCCUGAGGGAAUUCACUCCACAGCCCCUUGUCCCAGUGAAAAGUGAGGAAAAGCCGCCAAGUGAAGGUAAGAAGAAGGAAUACACAGAGAAGAGGUGUCCGAUUCACCAGCAGGAGCUCACACUCUACUGCCGAGAGGACCAGAAAAUUAUCUGCGUGCUCUGCGCUGUCAUGGGGGACCACCGGCAGCACCAGCUCAUCACCCUCAAUCAGGCCUACCAAGAAAUGAAAAACAGAAAACCUACCAACCUCAGACUGGCCAUGGGCGAUAUGGUGGAGAGGUUAAAGGCAAAGUGCAUUGACCCCAGGAUCACACGCAGUGAGCUCAAGGCCUUUAUACAGAAGGAGUUUGAGCUCAUGAGGCACCUGGUGCAGGAAGAAGAAAUCAAGGCCCUUCACUACGUGGACCUGCAGGAGGCUGUGGCUUCUGCUCACGUGACGGAGGUCCUGGCUGAACUUCACGUCCAUAUGGCCAAGCUUACAACAGAGAUGGCAGAAAUAACACGGCAGCUGAACAGCUUUAAUGACAUUGCAAUGGAGAAACCAGAGCACCCAGAAGAAGAAUCCAGGGAGGACCUGUUCCCACCCAAUUCAGCAGCCAAUAGCAACUCUCGUUUUCAUGAUCAUCCAAAAGGUAAUGGGCCCUGGUGAAGAGGUUCCGUUUAGAGGAUGGACGACCUUCAAGAUUAAAGGCGGAUUUCUUUCCUUUGCAUGGUCACCUGCACCCCCUAGUGUCCUCCUGCCUCUCUCCAAAGACAAGUUCAUCUGACUCCCCUUUGCUGAACCUGUUCAGUGAUGGGCAAAAAAUUAAAAAUACCAGGACAAGACAAAUAUAUUUUACUCGUCUUGGAAGAAGAGUCUGGAAAUAUUGUAAUUGCACUGAAUGCGGAGGGCUAACAUUCUGCAGAGCCAAUAGGGAGGCUUCAUGGUCAGGCCACCACCUGAUUAACAGGAUCUUAUAUAUCAAGUAUGUUUUUAUGCAUUAUGCAGCGAAUCUGCGUGAUUUCUUCCAUAGGGAUUUUUUUUUUUUUUGUAACUUUUCUUUAAAACACUGUUUGUGCAUAAAUGAAAUAUAGAAAAACCUGAAACUGGUUUGAGGGUCUCCGACUCAGAGCACAACCUAUUUCUAUCAGUAGCGGCAAUCAGAAUGCUUCUUGGGUCAUAGACCUGCACUGAGAUCUGAGAUCCUGAGAUCUGAGAUCCUAAGCAGCCUCCUAGUGAUUGGUCAUUAUAAUGUCAAACGUAAAGAUUAUAAAGCAUAAAGAUAACAUAUUUAUAUAGAAACAUUGGGGGGUAACAGUCACCCUGCUAUAGUUCCAGGGGUACCCAGGGCACAAAUA